AUGCUCAUGGGAACUAAGGAUAGUUUGGAUAUCUUCACAAACUUGGUAGAGUUGUAUGGCUCGUACCCAAAUUGCUUGGCAAGUUUUUUGGGUGUGGAAGACCAUCACAAAGAUAUGGGUGAAUGGUGGGUUGAAGCGUUUUCUUAUGCUUUACAAGAGGAAUUUGUUGCUGAUCAACUAUUUCAAAGUUCAGAUCAUCUUGCAGAUGAAAUUUUACGGAUCACACAUUCAAUAUUUUCAUCUUCAAAGGUAUUGGAGGCUUUUUAUUCCUUUGCUAUUAUUAAUGGAAAAGAGGAUGAUAUUUCACCUUUUGUAUCUUCUAUUUUCACAAGAAGGUUGCUUCUUCCUGGGGUUCAUCAUAAUGCUACUUUGUAUGCAACUCUAGUUGAGUAUAGUAGGCAUUUGGCUGAAUCUGAGUUGCAAACAUUAACUGUUGAUGGGAUAAAAAAGGAGAUACUUUCAGUCAUAGAACAAGAGAACAAUGCAUUAUACGGCUUGCUUGUUGAUUCCUCUUCUGAUGCUGUUGGCUUAAUUAGAAAAAAUUCCAUUUCACUUUUUCGGUCUUUGGAAGAUAUCGAACGUAUUGUGGAGGAUCUUGGGCAUCCUGCAAAGAAAGAUAAGGUAAUGACUGGAAAGGAGAAUCCUCCACUUUCUUCCCUUGAAGUGGAGGGUGGGUCAAAAGAAAUUUUCUUUCGUGAAAGAUCUGGUGGAACAAUGGAAAAAAGCUGCUGUGAAGGAGGCAUUGACAGAAUUAGAGUAGUUGGUAUUGAUAGAAAACCCCAAGAAUGUGCAAAGGAAUCAGGCUCUUCAGAUGAAGUUAGUGAGCUCACAGGCCUUGUGGAUAUAUUUGAUGAUGAUCUGGAGUGUGAAAUUCUAAUUGAAUUGCUUAGAUGUGUUCUGAGUUUCAGCCAACAGUUGGGCAAAACUGCUUCUUCUAUAUUUUAUGAAUCUCUUUUAACUACACCGGUGAUCUCAUCUGAAGAUAUUAUUCGCUAUAUUGUAAAGAUUCUGGAAACUGGAUAUUGUAAGUCAGGUCCAGUGUUUCAAACAUCUACCUCUAGGGAUCAUAUAGUUCUGGACAAGGAGCUAGCAGAUCAUAAAAGUUUGAGGAAACUUUCUGUGGAUAUGUUUUUAUCGCUUCAAGGCUUGCUCAAAAAGGCUUCUGCAUGGGGCAGAAUUUUAAACGUAAUUGAGGGUUUCUUGAAAUUUUUGGUUCCAAAGAAAGUAGUACAAAAUUUUAAUAUUGAGGUAUCAUCAAGCAUAAAUUCUUCCGUUGUAGUACAUAUUACUUAUCAGAUUGCAAAGGUGAUGUUUGAAUCUGCCUGGGACUUUCUUCUAUUUCUAAGCUAUUUGGUUGACAUCAGUGGCCAGGUCCACUUGACCCAUGAUGAUAUAAACAAGGUACAGCUUGAGUUAGUUCCAAUGCUUCAAGAAACUAUUUUUGAAUGGCUAAUCAUCAUGUUCUUUACCAUCACACCAUCUGCACCAGCUGCUGGAGGAUCUUCUACAUUCUUGAGCCGUUCUAUUGAUCUUGCAUUUAUUCUUUUCAAGCAUAGCCAGUAUAAUGCUGCUGAGCAAUUGCUUAUGAUCGUGGAAGCGCAUUUACAAAAGGAGAAGACAUGCCAAAGUAUUCAAGAUGCUGAUGGUGGAUGGUGCAUACGUCAUCAUCUUCUAGGGUGUUGCCUACUGUCACAGGUGCAGUUUGGAUUACAUGCAACCCAGAAGGAUAAAAAAGUUUCUGAUGCCAUUCGCUUGGCACAAGUCCCUGUGAUGGAAGCAGUUAGGGGGCGAUGUCAGUUGUGCAUGCGCAAACACCCUGGAGAUGGGGCAAUAGAGUUGACGUUUUGGACUAUCCAAUAUGUGCUGUAUCAAUGCAUAACCUGGCACCACCCAGAAGAAGAUUUUACCACCAUCCACGAGCCAGCUAAUUGCAAAACAGCUACCAAGCAUAUCUCCAGGUCUUCAUCUGGAAAUGGUGCAUCUGAGGCUCUGCAGAGUUUAUCUGAUGACUUGGGAAUUCUAUACCUUGGUUUUAGCGGUUGUACAUCAAUUGCUACGUGGAAACUUCAAUACUAUCAAUGGGCAAUGCAGCUAUUUGAACGUUAUAGCAUUAGUGAAGGUGCUUGCCAGUUUGCUCUUGCUGCACUUGAGCAAGUUGAUGAGGCACUACAUAUGAAAGAUGACAAGCACACAAACAACUCAGUUAAUGAAUCAGUGACAACCAUCAAAGGACGACUAUGGGCAAAUGUUUUCAUAUUUGCCUUAGACCUUGGUCGAUAUUAUGAUGCUUAUUGUGCAAUAAUUUCAAAUCCAGAUGAGGAGAGCAAAUACAUCUGUUUGAGACGUUUCAUAAUUGUUCUUUAUGAACAAGGAGCUAUAAAGGUUGGACAAACUAUGAUUCUUUGCAGCAAUAAACUUCCCCUUAUUGGUUUAGUGGAGAAAGUGGAGCAAGAGCUUGCUUGGAAGGCUGAACGAUCAGAUAUUUCUGCAAAGCCAAACUUGUAUAAGUUGCUUUAUGCGUUUCAAAUGCACCGGCAUAAUUGGCGGCAUGCAGCAAAUUACAUAUACAUGUAUUCAGCUCGUUUGAGAACUGAAGCAGCAUUGAAAGAUAGUGUAGGCAGCUCCUUGAUGUUGCAGGAGAGGCUGAAUGCAAUCUCUGCUGCAAUCAAUGCACUGCAUCUUGUUCAUCCUGCAUAUGCCUGGAUUGAUUCCUUGGCCGAGGGAAAUUCUCUUGUGAAUGAACAUCAUCCAAGUAAGAAAGCUAAGAGAAGCCCAGAUGAACUGUCUGCAGUUGAUGAUGAUGCUGAUCCUCAAGCCUGGGAGUCCUCGAUUGAUAUCGAAAAACUUGAGAAUGAGUUUGUGCUAACUUCAGCAGAGUAUAUGCUGUCACUAGUAAAUGUCAAGUGGACAUUUUCUGGAAAACAUGGAGCUCUAUCAGACUUGGCUGAUCUUCUUGUCCAAAACAAUUUAUAUGAUAUGGCCUUUACAGUCCUUCUCAGAUUUUUCAAGGGUUCUUCACUGAAGAGGGAACUGGAAAGAGUGUUAUCUGCUAUCUCAUUGAAAUGCUGUCUUGACAAAGUGGAAUCCACCUGGGUUGAGGAACACAGUCAUUUAUUGACAUCAUCAAAGAAUGAGAUUGUACUCCAUGGUUCACCUGUCACAGUUUCCACAGCUCCACGAACUGACAGAAACAGUCAUUGGGCAACGCUCAAGCUUUACCUUGAAAGGUAUAAGGAAUUUAAUGGUAGAUUACCAAUGGUUGUUGCGGAAACUCUUCUACGUGCAGAUCCUAAGAUUGAAUUGCCACUUUGGCUAGUGCAAUUGUUCAAGGAGGGUCAAAAGGAAAGGUUGUGGGGGAUGACUGGCAGGGAAUCAAAUCCUGCAUCUUUGUUUCAGCUUUAUGUUACCUAUGAUCGAUAUGCAGAAGCUACCUAUCUUUUGCUUGAGUGCAUGGACUCAUUUGCUUCAAUGAGACCAGCAGAUAUAAUUAGAAGAAAAAGACCGUUUGCUGUUUGGUUUCCAUACACAACUAUUGAGCGGCUUCUGUACCGGCUCGAUGAAUUAAUCAGAAUGGGUCACAUGGUUGACCACUGUGACAAGCUCAAAAGGAUGUUACUUGGUUCUUUACAAAGUCAUCUCAAGAUGUUGAAGGUGGACUCAGAUGAUGCUGUUUCUGUAACUUCUUGA